GCUCAAUGGGGCGAAAGCAAGCACUUUAACUGCGGCGCUGACCUUUAACUUUUGGUUGACAUAUGCCGUCUGUCAUCACUCAUUUAAAAGGACAUUCAUUUAACACUCAAAUGUGAACGUGGUAAUCUUUUGGAUAUUAUUUAUGUAUCAUCUUACAUGGUGCAUCAUUUGGUGUACCCCAGAAGCACCUAUUUACGAAAAUGAAACAAACACCCUGGACUGGUCGCCAGCCAAUCGCAGGGCCCAUACAGUCAAGCAAUCAUUCAAGCUCACAUUCAUACCUAUGGAAAAUUAGGAGUCGCCAGUUAACCUAACAUGCAUGCUUUUUUUUGGAAUGGGGGAGGAAACCGGAGUACCUAGAGAAAACCCACCCACGCACACACGGGGACAACUAUCAAACUCCACACAGAGAUGCCCAAGCGGAGAUUGGAACCCAGGUCUUCCUGAGCUCCUGACUGUGUGGCCUGAAACAAAACAACCACAACUAAUAGUUUAAAGUGACAAAAGAGCAGCGAUGCACAAAUUGAAUCCACAUGUUGGUCACAGUUAUGCAUUUGAGAGGUGAUCUAAUAAAGAUUAACUAUUUUAGGCGUGUCUGUGGAGGAAAGCAGCUUAACCACGUUACAGACAGCAUGCUAUUCUUGGAAAUUACAGGACAAAUACCAAGCUAAAGUGCAUUCUGUAGAUAGUAUAGUAACUCACGAGCGUCACUAUAUUCUAAUUGCACACAUCUGCUCAAUAGAAUGUUGUGCCAGUGCUUUCUGUAAUCAUUUAUUAUGCUUUGCAAACACCAACCUCAAUGAUAAACAUUUCAAGGUUUAAUCAUUUUACUCGUUUGAAUCAAAACUGGUGUUUUUUUAAUGUUUUUAUGUACGUGAUUAGAUUGUGCAGGUGCACAUAAAGUAGUAAAUGCAAUGUCAUGCUUCCAAUUGGGGGGGGCAAUAGUUGCUAACUGUCAAUCGUGAGGCUUCUAGUAGCUCCACGCUGCAAUGACCACCAGCUGUGACCAGUCAGAUUGUCCCGUGGGGGUGGUAGGGCCCUCUAGACACCCCUUCCUCUCUUUCCCGGACGAGAUGCCCAUAUAAAAGGCGUGACUCGCCCCUCCCGUACACACUGAGACUGACAAGCAGCCCGUUUGGACAGCCUGACGCGCCUGUGCUGCCCUUCAUGGAUGCUCCAGCAGCAUCCUCCGUGGAACUGACACGCUGACUUGACCCCCGCAGCUCCUCUCCUGUAAGUAAACAAAACGUAUGAAAUAAUACUGCUCUUCAUGGCAUGUGUGUGUGUUUAUGUGGCUGAUUGCUCAUUUGACUUUGGCUAAUAAUGUCACACUGUGAAAACAUUGUUGGAUUUGGCUCCUUUUCCAUCCAUACAGACGCUGUAAUCAUGGAGAGAAUUCCAGUUCAAGUGACACAUAUGUCCUUUCUAUUCACCGCAAAGGACUACCGUGAUUGAUUUUUGUGUUUUACUGCAUGCCAUAAAUAGAACUGCCGUGCAAUGUGCAUCCUUUGGUUUGCGCUGCAUUUUUGCAGCCUGCCGGAAACAGCUUUGAUUGACAUAGUAACCAUAGCGAUCACGUCCCUGUGUGGGACAUCUGCCAGGCAGGGACCACACCCUUCCAGCUUCCAGCCCUCCCCCGAUAGAGGAGUGGACUGGUGGUUGAUGCUGCGCUCCGUGUAGGUACACAUGCACAAUGCAAGACCUCUGCCAUUAUACUUAGUUUUCAUUGAGGUAUUCAUUUAACAAUAUGCUUUUUACUGUGACGUUAUACUUUUAGAGUUGUUAUAUUUUGCACCCUCUAUCUUGUUGUGUAGGUGUCCCUCAUAUUGUGAGUGUUAAAAGUAGCUUGGCCAGUUGAGUCAAUAUGUUUAAAAUGUUUAAUGCAUUUUAUUCAUAAACAAAAGUAAUCUUACUUUAUUGCAUUGUUAUUUUGUGUUGUACAGGUUUCCCUAAUGUGGUUGUGUAUUAUUGUAAUAUUACAGUGGAAAUAUUGUGUGUUCUCUUCCUUAGGUGAGUAUUGGGACCGUUGCCAUGGCAAACAGGGGACCCAGUUAUGGACUGAGCCGGGAGGUGCAGGAGAAGAUCGAGCAGAAGUACGACCCGGACCUGGAGCAGAGGCUGGUGGACUGGAUCGUGGCUCAAUGUGGAGGCAGCGUGGAGAAGCCUCCGGUGGGCAAGCAGAACUUCCAGCAGUGGCUGAUGGAUGGAACAAUCCUGUGUCGACUCAUCAACAGCCUCCAUCCGAAGGGCAAGGAGCCCAUCAAGAAGAUUCCUGAGUCCCAGAUGGCCUUCAAGCAGAUGGAGAAGAUCUCUCUGUUCCUGCAGGCAGCAGAAGCCUACGGCGUCACCACCACUGACAUCUUUCAAACUGUAGACCUCUGGGAAGGGAAAGACAUGGCCGCCGUGCAGAGGACCCUCAUGGCUUUAGGGAGCGUGGCCGUCACAAAGGACGACGGUCAAUACAAAGGAGACCGAGACUGGUUCCACAGGAAAGCCCAGGGCUACCGGCGAGAGUUCACGGAGGAGCAGCUGCGCCAAGGCCAGAGUCUGAUCAGCCUGCAGAUGGGAAGCAACCGCGGCGCCUCCCAGUCGGGCAUGACGGGCUACGGUAUGCACCGUCAGAUCAUGUAGACCCAGACGCUCUUGCGCUAGCUUGCUUCCUAGCUUGUAAGUUUCUACUAACACAACCUGCUGUGUCCUCAGAGCCUCUCUACCUUUUGCAGAAAUCACUGAGCUAACCACAACCUCCCUGAAACUGCUGCUUUGUGCCUCACAAGCCUCUUUACUGUAAACAACCAUGUCUCAUGCUCUCUUCCUCUUUGUGUCUUCCAUUUGCGUAUAUUUAUUAUUUCAUGUCUUCUUUAGCUUCCCACACGAGUCCAGAUUAAAAUCCAUAUGAUGAACAAGCAGUCAGUGUUGUCCAUGUGCUGUAAAAGCAUGCUUCUUUCACUAGUCUUGCCUACACUUAGCUUUAUGAUGUCAUUGUCAACAAAACGGAGCUCAGUGGCUGACCGGAUGUGUGGCAGUACUCCCUGUAGCCAAAUCGCCCUCACCUUGUGCCUGCUAAAUGGGUUCUAGACUACGACCGGGUCCUGGUAGACUGGCCUCAAAUGAUAAAUGUUUGUGCUGUGAUUCAUUUUUUAUAAGAUUGCAUCAUUGUGUUUUGUGAUGUUGCGAGUCAACGUGAUGUGCGGUGUAGCCAACAGGAACCUUCUGGUGCUCCCAUGUGCACUUUUCUGUUUGUAUUUUUUCAGUAUAUUUAUAUCUGGAGGCUGACUGGGGGAAAAUAAAGUAUGUGAACAUAG